GGCUUGAAAGAAACCUUUCAUCACAUAAUUAUAUGUUCUUAAGCAUAUAAAUACACACACACAGUCACAUACUAUAUUAACAAUACUUGUUCCACCUCUCAUUUUAAUUCAUAUUAAUUAGCUAGCAUGGAGAAUCAAUUUCUUUAGAUGGAAACCUUCUUGCAAAAGGACUUUCCAUCUUAUUUUCUUGGAAUGGAAAAUGGAUCAAGAAUAUUUUCAGCCGAUCCAAUCAUCUGGGGUGCUCUAGCUGAUGAGAAUACUUGUGGCGAAGGUGAUUAUUGUAGCAGUGUAAGAUCAUCUUCAUCAUCCCCUGAUAGUUUUUUUUCGAGUUCAAACUCAAGUUGUUCCAUGGAUGAGGCUUCUGCAGCCACCACCAUGACUACUAAAGUCCCUGAAUUCACCAUAGCACAAGACAUGUUCGAACCGCCUACUCCAUUUGUUUCUAGAUUGAAUUUUGGCAACCUUUCUGAUCAUGUCAAAAACGGCUAUGUUCCAUUAAAUUUUCUGAAAUCCUUCCCAGAACUCAACCAUGUUCAAGUGCCUGAACCGUCUACGCCACCUUCACAAUCAAGCCCUUCAAAGUUCCCAAACCUAGGCUUGUGUUUGCAGGAACCAAACAUCUUAAAUAUACCAACAGGAGCUGUUGAUUCUCUUGGGAAAACCCUAAAGAGUGAGCCCAUGUCAUCCUCAUUGAACCCUUUGUUUCACAUGUCUCAGCAUGGCCAGAGCCAGCUUCAACCGGGCGUGGAGUGGCUCAAAAUCAAUCAAACCUUGACAGACUAUCCCUCAAGAGGCUUUGGUGACUACUGGCUGAGUACUACCAAGACACAGCCGAUGAAGUACACCGGAAAACGAAUGCAGUCUCACAGCCAGAAAACCUCUUUGUCAUCAGUAUCAUCGUCCCCGGGAAAGCUGUUCAGAGGAGUGAGGCAAAGGCACUGGGGGAAAUGGGUGGCAGAGAUUAGGUUACCGCGAAACCGGACAAGGGUUUGGCUGGGGACUUUUGACACAGCAGAAGAUGCUGCUUUUGCUUAUGACACAGCAGCUUACAUGUUGAGGGGAGACUAUGCGCAAUUGAACUUUCCAGAUAUCAAGCAUAAACUUAAGGCCAAUCCUGCAAAUGGAACAACAGCAGCACUUCUCAAAGCGAAGUUACAGGCAAUAUCUCAGGGAGUUUCCAAGAACAAGAAGCCAGUUGAUCCUCCACCAAUGUCACCAAAUGAGCACUUGACAGAGGAUUCGAAAGGACUCGGAGGUUUGAGCCAAAACCCAUCAAGAAAAGAGUGGCAGUUUGAGUUGGAGAGCAAAGUUGGAUCAGAUCAGACGGUUGAGAAUAAGACGACUACACAAGAAGUGUCAUCAGAGUUUGAUGGUGUUCAGCUAAGUAGAAUGCCAUCCUUGGACAUGGACAUGAUCUGGGAUGCACUUCUAGUCUCUGAUUCAUGAAUCAUAAUGUUGAAUUCCUUAGGUUUAAUAGAUCUUCCUGUGGUUGAUUUUCUGUUCUUUAAGGUACAAGCUUGACUUUGUGUUUGUUUUCAAUAGGAAGCCAAUUAGUUUGCUCUUUAUUGGUGGCCACAGUUAAGAUCUCUUGUUUGAUUAUAAGUACUUUAUGCAGUUCUCUCCUCUUCUUUUUUUGUUA